CCUGAAAUGACUGGAGGGGACAAACCUUGACGAAGUAUUGCGCAGCAGCAGCUAGCGGACAGGUGGCUGUCAUCGUCACCGCACGCGCAAUCGACCGGAAACGCGCGAGGGUCAGGCUCGAGACGUUUGAUAUAAAAAUACGCGUGAGAGCAGCAGAAAGAGUACAAGAGAGUUGAAUUCGAUGUGACUUUUGAACAGACCCAAACGCAAAAAGACACGUUGGGUGUGUGCGUGCGUGCCCGCGCGUCUCCUCCAGCAUCCGGCAAGGGGAAAGAGAGAGAGAGAGAGAGAGAGAAACAGAGCGAGAGAGAGCAGCACCAGCAGUCUGACAAAGCUGCACUCCCUCAAAGUUUGACAUUUCCAGCGGCUACAGAAAGAGUUGUGCUCCGCCGCGACCAUGGAGCCUCGGAAACGCAUUGGUUUUGUACUGGUUGGAGUUUACCUGUGGGCAACAUUCUGCUGUCAAGUUUGUCAUGGUGGAGUGUACCAGAGAAAGCUGUAUCGUGAUCUGAUGGUAAACUACAAUCGACUUGAGAGACCAGUCCAAAAUGACUCUGCACCCAUUGUGGUCGAACUCGGCCUCACUUUGCUACAGAUUAUUGAUGUGGAUGAAAAGAACCAAGUGUUGAUAACAAAUGCCUGGCUGCAGCUGCAUUGGACAGACAUUUACCUCUCAUGGAACCCAGACAGCUACCCUGGGGUUCAGAAUCUCCGUUUCCCUUCAAAUCUAGUGUGGGUCCCAGAUAUUCUUCUGUACAACAGUGCUGAUGAGAGGUUUGAUGCCACCUUCCAUACAAAUGUGCUGGUCAAUGCUUCAGGAGCCUGUCAGUACAUUCCACCAGGUAUCUUGAAGAGUACCUGCUACAUCGACGUUCGGUGGUUCCCGUUUGAUAUUCAGAAGUGUGACCUGAAAUUUGGUUCCUGGACCCACAAUGGUUGGUUGCUGGAUCUCCAGAUGAUGGAAGUCGAUGUCUCUACAUAUAUACCCAAUGGGGAGUGGGACCUUGUUGGUGUACCAGCAAAGCGUAAUGAGCUGUAUUAUGACUGCUGCAAGGAGCCCUACCCCGAUGUGACGUUCACAGUCACUAUGCGCCGCAGGACUCUUUAUUAUGGCUUAAACCUGCUCAUCCCCUGUGUGCUCAUCUCUGGUCUGGCACUGUUGGUCUUUCUGCUCCCUGCUGACUCUGGAGAAAAGAUCUCACUGGGCAUAACGGUACUGCUGUCUCUGACAGUGUUCAUGUUACUGGUAGCAGAGAUCAUGCCUGCCACUUCAGACUCAGUUCCUCUAAUUGCUCAGUAUUUUGCUAGCACCAUGAUGAUUGUGGGAUUGUCGGUGGUGGUAACUGUUCUGGUUCUGCAAUUCCACCACCAUGACCCCCACGGAGGAAAAAUGCCUAAAUGGGUCCGAGUCUUUCUUCUCAACUGGUGCGCUUGGUUCCUCCGUAUGAAGAAGCCUGGAGAGGAAAGCAAAACUCCAGUGAGCUCAAGCAGUCCUCCAACUUAUAAGUACUCCCAUUCUCCUGCUCACCACACUAGCACCACCAGCAUUCAGAUGAGCACCAUACCAGGGCAGCCAUCUACUCAGACAACAACAACCAAUGGAAACAUGAACCUAUACUUUAGCUACCACUCAAUGGGCACAGACAACCCUGUGUUUCCACCUAGUGUUGAUUCAGGUGUGAUUGUGUGCGGUGGUGGAAAUGGAGGUGGAGGGAAUCAUCAUAACGGUACCUCCCAGCUUGACAUCCACUCAGACCAGACACGGACUUUGCUUUUGGAGCAGAUUCCCGAAAUUUGCCGGAUUUUGGAAGAAGUGCAGUACAUUGCGAAUCGCUUCAGAGAGCAGGACGAGGGGGAGGCAAUCUGCAGCGAGUGGAAAUUUGCAGCUGCAGUCGUGGACCGGUUAUGCCUGGUGGCCUUCUCGCUGUUCUCCAUCAUCUGCACCUUCACUAUUCUCAUGUCAGCUCCCAAUUUCAUUGAAGCCGUGUCAAAAGACUUUACGUAAAGCUGCUCUCUACCAUCACUGACAGAUAAAAACUAACAGUAGAAAUUCUGACACAAUUAGACCUGCACCACACAAGCCUCUCUUGUACUUUUAUGUGAAGACACACAAGCUCAAGUAAAUUUAGAAUUGAUAUCACCAUAGAUCAGUACCCAACCUUUACCCCUCUCAUUACACGUUUGUUGGUAUAUAGCUGGGGUAAUGUGUUUUUUUCCCCUGUGAAGGUUGCUCUUUAGCUUACAACAUGCAUACAGGUACAUAGGAAGUUGAAGCAACAUGUAGUAGUUAAUGAUGUAGAAAGUCAGACUAAUGCACUUUUCUUCUGUAUCCCUGCUGCACCACAUCAUUUACUUGCCACCAUUUGAGCGUCACGUCUCAUCAGAAUUCACUCUUUCCCUUACAGCUUUUCUUUUCUCUUAAUUUUAGAAUUUACACAUCCUGUCUUCACUCCGUUUUCUAGAGAUGUCUUACCUAAACAACUUCAGCAGUUACAUAUAUAGUACAGGGUUUUACAGGUGUAUUCUUGUAAUGCAUUUGUUCUUUGUAUUUUAUAAAUAAAUUCACAUUUUACAGUGCAAUCUGGUUAAGCUGAAAUUGAUUUUUUAAUGAGUUAGCAAAUUCACUGAGAUCUACUGAAAUUAUACAUUUCACUAAUCUGAGGUGUGAAACUACUGAGUAUUUUCAUUUUAGAUAAAUAUACCAUUUUUCCCUCGCUAACUGAAAUUUGAUUUAAAAUUUCAAUUCAACUCAAUUUUAUUUAUAUAGUUGUCCCCUCAAGGUGAAAAUGCCCAUUAUAAUUUCCCACAGCCUGACUUACAACUGUAUCUGAUUCAUUACAACAAAGAAAGCCAAAUAAUUUCUUUAUACCUUCAUUAUUACUCUUCCUUUUACAAAUGGAGCUAUUAGUCUAAUAUAUAUUACAGUUUUUCUCGAUUGCUUAAACACUUUUCUUGAAACUAUGGCUCGUAUUCUCAAAACAGUAAACACAAAUCCAUAACGUCUCACUCAAUUUCCCGAAAAUUGUAUUUUCAGGUCAAAAUUAAGCUCUACACUCAAAACCAUUCACUCUUGCUGAAAAACCAAACUUUGUCCACAGACAUCACACACAAGGCCUCAAAAACACACACACUACAACAUAGUCUUACACAUUGGUGCAAUAAAUUGAAAACAAUAUUUCAAAAACUGUCAAGUUAUGUUGCUUGUGGUUCUUCCCCUCAAAAACCUUUUUACAUCAUGAAAACAAAAGAUCCAAUGUACAUACAGUGUAGGGCUGGGCGAUAUAUCGAGUUUUUUAAAAAUAUCGAUAUAUUUUCA